AAAACUGUCGUAAUUGUUUAUGUUUUAUCAGUGACCUAAUACUAUUUUCGGAAAAUCGUUGAAAGAUCAUUUUUAAUGAACUCAAAGGUAUAAAAAAGAAGAAGAAAUUAUUGAAAAGUGAUUAUUUCUGCACAUCCGUAGAAAAUGGCAGAGGGUGGUGACAAUAUUGGGGACGGGGUUGGGGCUGAUAUAAAUGCAGACGAUAUGGAGAAGGUUAAGAAGGUACGCAGGCUACGUGAAUUAUGGCAUGGGCGUUUCACAAACAAGAAUAUCGCAACAUUACUAAGGCACCAUGACUGGGAUGUGGAGGCCACGAACUUAUUUAUCUUGGACGCUUUACCUGGUGAACUUAGAGACGUGCUUGGCGGAGAAGACUGGCACCUUGUUGAAAAUGUUCGUCGAAAUGACGUUCUUCGAGAUUUAGCGAGACUUAAUCGUAUAGGUCAUGAAGUAAGGCAGUAUGGCUGCCAACCUGAUGACAAUAUGUGGUGGAGACGUGUACCGUCUAGAAAACCAGUUUCACAGUGUAAACGAUGUAGACAAAAAUAUGAGCCGAUACCAAGAGACCAGGAAUGGGGUUGGGCUAGGUUUGAAUGCAUAUGCGGACAUAAAUUCAACGCAUUUGGAAUGAUGGAUAAAAGUCUAUUGGGGGCCCGAUACGCUGGGAAAAGUCAAAGUUUAUGUUACACCUGCAUGUCCCAACUAUGUGAGCCAAUUCAGAUUCUUCCGCCGGCGAGACGUCGUCGAGACGGAGAUGGUGACAUGGGAGAUGGACGUAAUGGCAGACGUAGACCUCGCAGAUACACUCAUAGAUGUACUGCACAAAACUGUUUUAACAGAUACGUCCCCGAUCCAAGAAGUAAUGAACCGCUCGUGCAGAUCUGCGUCCAUCCCAAUUCUUUGGAGAACAAAGUGCACGGGUUUGGCAGUAAUCGUCACGUCAGUACAGGAUCUACAGUGAGAACAUUUCUGUCACAAGAUGACCUUGAAUCCUCGUACGAGCCAAGUCUUGCUGAUAUAGACGAGAUAGAUGAAGAAAACAGGGAUAAUGACUGAACCUGUUAUAUGUCUUUUUAAUGUUACAAUUUUACAGUUAAAGUAUGAAAUUCAGGUGCCUGCACCAAAUAUAAAUAAUCUUUGUCCCGUCUGCUUUCUGUUUGUAAGAUAUCAACCUUUACCACCAAUGUCUCGUCUAACGGUAAAACCCUAAUAUUUGUUUGUAGUAUUGAAUUAUUAUUAUGAUUUUAAUCAAAAAAUGAACAUGAAACCUUCAAUAUUUAAUUUUCAGAAUGCAGGAAACAUCGCCAUACAAUAUCUUAUAAAUGUAAAUUUGUUUUAUUUUAUAAUACAAAAAUACCACUUGCCAAUGGGUACGAUACUUUACAGAAACAAAUGUGACGUCGGUCUUUAAAUGGCAUUGACCGACAAUGUCUAAUGUUUAAAAGUUUGGAUAUUUGCAUCAAUAUUUUGUUUUAUAUCCUAGUAAAAUGAUUUUUCUGUUCACUUUUUUGAAGGAUGCUAGGCAUUUGUGUUUUAUGAACAAAUCGUCUCUCUGCCGUUGUUUUGGUAAACAUAACACGUAUCUAAUAUAUACAUGUAUAUUGAAAUCCACUAUUCUUACUGAUAACUGCUACAUUGUCUAUGUACAAUGUAUUAUUUAUUAGGUAGUGCCUAUUAGGAAGCUCCUUUCUGCAAAAUCGUUUUAAAUAUUUACUGUACACAUAUUUUAAAUCAAGUUGUCAGCAAUACCAAUUUGUUUGUCUCGUCACUUUCAAUUACUUACUCAAACUUCAAAUUUGAUAGAGGUGGGGGUCAUAUACUUUCAAGUUUGAUAGGGGUGGGGUCAUAAUGGUUUAACAAGGAACGACUAGCAUUAACAUGUAGCAAUAUCAUUCGCUGAAGAUAAUCAUUACUGCUUUAUAGAAUUCAUUAUAAUUUAUUGAGACUUGUAUAUUCUAUCUAUUUUUCUAGAUCUUUAUAUAAAUCUAUGCAUAAUUAUGUGAAUCUGUGCUCAAAUGUUUACUUGAUUGUUUUUUUUUUUGUUAUCUAUAGAAUGAAUUAUAAUAUUAUUUGUGAUUAGAGUUUUUUUUUAUAUUUUUGUUAACUGCUAUGAAUGAUAGAUUGUUCUGUGUGUUCUGCACAUGUAUAUGUAACACAUCAAAUACAAGUAUAAUUAUGUGUGUCAUAUUUAUUAGCAUGAAUGUUUAUAGUUAUUAUUCAGGUUAGGUAAUCUCUGGUCAAUAUGAAAUCCAAUAAUACAUAUCAAGAUUUUAUUUACGUUCAUUUCAUGUCUUGUCUUCGGACACAUUUUCUCCUGUGAAAUUAUUAACAUUCCAUUCUGAGAGAAUGCUGUAGCUAUAAAAUGUAUGUGUCUGCGUGAGCUUUUUGUGUGUUAAAUUGCUUAAUUACACGACAACGGUAAUAAACUUACCAAAUGUUUAUGAAUAAAAUUCAUUCAAA